AUGAACAUUGUUCAAGAUCCUCGAGUUUGCAGAAUGAACACUGUUCAAGAUCCAGAUAUCUUUGCCUUGUACGAAGCAAUACGCAAAAAUCCAGAGUACUUGGAUGCCCCCAAUGAGGUGACAUUUGUGGAGUCACCUCUUCAUACUGCUGCUUCAGGAGGCCGUACCGGCCUUGCCCUUGAAAUCUUGAGGCUAAAGCCUUCGCUGGGGAAGAAAUUGAACAUUGAUGAACACGAUCCAUUGAAUAAAGCGUCUCAAUAUUUCCCAGGCCGAAAUAAUGUCGGAAAAUGGUAUUAUCCAUUUGGGCAAAUGUGUUCUUUGCUUGGACACAACUAG